UCGCAGCUGAGUGAAUACCGACCUUGCAAGACGGAACGAAGAUGUUUUUUCGUGACCGUCGCACUCAGCGGGCGGACACAGGAAAGCACUAGCCAGAAUGUCAACACUCAAUUUAAUUUUACUGAUAUGCGGCGUGUGCAAUGUUCGUGCCAUGGGAGGAAUGCGAGAAACUGGCGUCUACUUGACAGUAUCAUCAUUCAAUGACCAUGGGAUUCUUGCCUUUUUCGAGCUGAACUGGUACGGCAUACCACACAGAUACAUCGGACUUGUAUCUGCCAUGCUGUCAACAAGGAAUCCGCCACAAAGCCCUUCCGAUAUUCUCGCCCGCCAGGCUAUCAGAAAACCUACCGAAACGUACACUACACGUAUUCGAGCACCGGAUUUCAACGUCACCACUUUGAUGAAAGGAAAGUGCCUCGGGUACUGGGCGCUUGUAAUGGAAACAUCGGCAGAUGUCAAAUCGUCGAGACCAGCGAAAGUGCUGUAUUCAUCGUGCUUCACUCCUCAGCCUCGAUGGAUGCGAGAGAACUGCGGUGCAUUGUCUACGAUCAAGCUAACCGAUAUGCUCAUCCCCGGAACACACAAUGCCGGAAUGUACAAGGCAGGGUACACGCACCCACAUGAACAGUUGAUAUUUGACCAAGAUCAAACCGUCUCGCAACAGCUCGCGUACGGUAUUCGUGGCCUAGAUUUGAGGGUGCAGUAUUGCAACGGCGACUAUUAUAUUACCCACGACAUUAUACGAGGGCAACCGACUGUACGGCAAGUUCUCAGAGAUGUUCGUAAGUUCGUGGAGCUAACGGGCGAAUUGGUGCUCUUAGAUUUCCACAGGUUCCCGAAAGGCUUCGAGCAGCAGCGCAAGGUCGCCACCACGCGACACGAUAAACUUGUGGAUGUCAUUGUUACGGAACUGAAGGCUGUGCUUCUGAAGAGGUCCGACUACUUGAAGACAAUGGGUGAAAUAUUUGGAGGGUGUAGAAAUGAAGGGAGAACGCCGGGCCAUGUCAUAGUAUUUUACAAUUCCAGAGACUACCAUGGACCUUAUCAGGAGUACUUGGGUCCCGGGGUCUGCCAGAAGUGGCCUAACGCGCAAUCCAAGGAGGCGCUGAUGGAGUACCUAAAAACGAAGGCAUGUGUACGCGGCGUGGGUUAUAUGGUUGCUAUAAUGGCGGAACUCACACCCAAGUUUCCAAAAUUUGUUGUUAGCACACGCAAAUUGGCAGAGUGGAUCAAUCACGACAUAACAAAGCUUUUCAGGUGCCAGCAGCAGAAGUACUCUGGCAUUAUUGCGACAGAUUUUUUUCUUGGGAACGGUCUAAUUGAAGUUGCAAUUGAAGCCAAUCUGUUGAGAGGACGCCAAAUGCUAUCGAAUGAAUAUUUUGGUAAAGGUAAGAAAUGAAAUAUGAGUGACAUGAUGUAAAAAUAUUCUUGGGGGCGAUUUUGUCCAUACGAAUGCCAAUUCUGUAUUAGUUGCAUUACAAUGUGAAGUCCUUACAAGACGGAAGUUACAAUGCUUCCACUUUCGCUUUUAGAAACUAAGGACACUGGCAUCUGCCUCACGUUCCGGUCAGGUGAUAUUAUUGCCGUGUUCACCAACACAAACUUUCACUGGUUGCCUUAAGUGUGUCCUACAAAAACCUUCGUACUCUUUACGUUGCCACGGUAGAGAAAAGCAGGCUCUUGUUUUCCGUUGUGCCUGGACGUCAACAAGGAGCAUCCGGUGUACCAUUGACUUUCAGACAUCUAUGGACAAAUCGAAUGACGGGCAGUAACCUUUCAUUCAGUAUAAAAUUGGUCAUAAGUAUAUAUGUGUCUCAAAAAGCAUCCGUGAUAUCUUGAAAAAAAAAAAGAAAUCGAAUAUAUUAAAACGAUUCAUGGAUUAUAGUGAGUUGGCAGCGCACAAAUGUAUAGACAAUAAAAUAUUUUUCAGGUUUCA